AUGUUCUGGGUGCGUGCGCUGAGUGGCGAUGGGGUCUGGAUAUCCUGUGAGCCUGGAGAUACGCUUCGUGACCUGAGUGAGAAGAUCCGGGUGGCUCUUUGCCUCCCAUCUCUUGCUUAUGUUCAUUGCCCACGGCUGAAGUUCGUCCAUGGGCAUCGCGAGCUCCCUGUUGACGCAGCUGUGGGCGAUCUUGAGAUGGAGGACUCGAGCGACGCCACACUCACAGUGCUCUGCGACUCCUCCCCGGAAGUCUAUGACCUGACCUUCGAUUGCGAUGGCGAUGGCUUCUGGGAUCAGUCCGGCAUGCUGGAGAUGCUGCUGCGGGAUCCAGAAUGGGCGCAAGACCCCCACUGGGACGUCUUCACGGCCGCGUCGGGCACCUGGUGUCGGCUUGGCCGCGUGGAUGGAGUUGUCUUCUGGCCCUCCGGAACACCGUCAUCGAUCGACUUCCACAACGAUGUUGAGGAUGUGUGCUCGGGUCUGGAGAGGUUGUGCCGCUAUCCCGUGCAGACGGAACCCCUGGCACUCCCUGUGAGAUGGUUUGGAGCCACGUCAGAGGAGUACCGCUACGAAACUUACAUCCCGCGAGGCUGCAGGCGUAGGGCCCGGGUCCUGGUCUCCCCCGUGAUGGACCGAAACCUUCAAGAAGAGACCCUUCGGCAAAGUCUGAAGGAUGGAAAGGUCAAAGUGCCUCACGUCAGCUCCUCUUAG